CCCUCGCAUCAGUGCAAGUCAAGGCACAUAGCAGAAACCACCGCCUGGAGGGAAAGACGUGCGCACUGGAUCUAUUCGUGUUGGAGACCUCUCUCGCUGUGAUUCUCUUCUGCAGAGCACUCGGAGCUGCAACAGUUGCGCGUCUCCGCUUUGCUCAGAAAUAGCAUUAUUAACAGCGAGCAUCAGAGCGCACAGGACCCGAGAGCUUUGAAAGACUGGGAGACAUCCCCACCUCGGACUUUACAAUGCGAUGAGGGAAUUUUGACAACGGCCACUUUGUGCGUCCUUUGGCCCGUACCAAAGCGCUAUCCCAUGUUCAGGUAUCUCUAUACGUGUGAUUCUGUUUUCACCCAGAUCUGCUGCCUGGACAAAUGCAUACAAAUGCAUUUAGGAGCUCAACGGACAAGGAGUGGACACGUUUCCGCGGCAGCGACGUGGAACCUUCUCCUGCUCCUGUCGGUAUGCUCAGCAGUAAUCUCUGGAGAAGAAGACUACGUUGCACAAAGUGUAGAUGUGCUCCAUCGACUUGGGCUCACAGACCAGAGCAGCACAGAUUAUCUCGACGAGGGACGCAGAUCUGCACUCAGAUUCACCACAGCCCCUCCAGCUCUGCCUGUCUCAGAAUACGGUGUAUUACUCGACUCAGACUCCUUUUAUGAGGCUGCUGCAGGCACUUUGUUUUUGCCUGAGAUUAAAGAGGAGUUUUCUUUUGUAGUUAGUCUAAGCUCCUGGAGAGCAAACAAUGCUUUUCUUUUUAGUAUCCGAGAUGGCAGGGACAGACUGCGUUUUGGCAUUCAACUUCUGCCUCAUCGAGUGGUGGUGUACACUGAGAAGGCCCCAAUUUAUUUCAGCUAUAACUGGCAGGAUGGACGCCACCACUCCUUUGCCAUUGGUGUGCGCGCACACUCUAUGUCCUUCUAUGCGGACUGUGGGACUGUGCAGCAGCAGGAGCAGACCCUGGGCAGGGCUCAGACACUGGGGGGCUCAGGGUCUGUUUUCACUUUGGGUAGAAUGAACUCCAAAGCGGUACCAUUUCACGGCCGUGUCUGCCAGCUAGACUUGUAUCCUUCAGCCCAGGCAGCGGCGCACUACUGCAACUACCUUAAAAAACAGUGUCGGCUGGCCGACACCUACCGAUCAGACUCACCUCAUUCUGGUUUGGGUACAAUGGGUCAUGACUCCUCCCCUCACACUGCCACUGAUAGAGCAACAGCAACUUAUAACACCCCAGCCUCAUCAGGAUCACCUGGUACUGCAGGAGAAGCAUAUAGCUCCACAUCGGUACCUCCUGAUCUCUUCUUACAAGCUUCUCCUUCACAACCCCAUAGUGCAACUUUAGCAACAGCAAGUAGACUGGACUUAAGGCAUUCAACCCAAAGCACAGCAGCUGUCACUACCAUAAGGACACUGAGUAAAAGAACCAAGUCUCCAGCCAGUUCUGAUCAAACAGAGAACAGCACAGAGAAACAGCGCAUCUUUGGCACACAAACAACACCAGUUACAUUUGCAAUAAUCAACCAGGACAAAUUGAAGGAUUCACUCAGGAAUAAAUCUACCACCAACCCUCAGAUAACAAGACAUGCCCAGACUCACCUCCUGCAGCCUAAAGCCAAUGGCACCACUCUGUAUCGGCAGAACCAUGUGGACUCUGAGCAUUACCCAGACGGCAGCUAUGACGGCACUGACAUGGGUGGAUACGACUACGGCUACGAGGAGGGGGAGUUCCUGUAUGACUAUGAUGACAGCUUUUAUGGGGCCAAGGGGGAGCCUGGUCCACCAGGUCCUGAAGGUCCCCCGGGUUUACCUGGUCCUGCAGGAAAAAGAGGUCCUCGGGGUCCUACUGGUCCUCAUGGGAAACCAGGGCCACCAGGAUUACCUGGACCCAAGGGUUCAAAGGGAGAUCCCGGGUUAUCACCAGGCCAAGCUGCACCAGGUGAAAAGGGUGACAAAGGGCCUCCAGGGCUUCCUGGUCCAGAUGGAUUUCCCGGAUUACCUGGCCCCAAAGGUCAUCAAGGGCCACCUGGACUUCAAGGCGAGCCAGGAAUGCCGGGACCUCCUGGAGAAGCCGGGGCUGCAGGUUACCCUGGCAGGCAGGGCUCAGCUGGACCUGAAGGUAACCCAGGCCCUAAAGGCAUCAAUGGUUUUAUUGGACUUCCUGGCGUUUCUGGGCCACCUGGGUUAGAAGGAGAGAGAGGUGUUACUGGUCCUGCUGGAAAACCUGGUCUCAAAGGAAGGCAGGGAGUAAUGGGUGACCCGGGAGAAAGAGGUCCACCUGGUCCUGAUGGAAAUGAGGGCAGUGUUGGUGGGACUGGCAUCCCUGGCUUCCCAGGGCUAAGGGGAGAUCCAGGACCAGAGGGAGUACGCGGAUUGCCUGGACUAGUGGGAACGCAGGGCCCAGUUGGAAAAAACGGCUUGCCUGGAUUGAAAGGUGAUAAGGGUGAAGUGGGACUAAGGGGCGAACCAGGAGAGAUGGGUUUCCAAGGUGAUAAGGGAAAUGCUGGUGCACCUGGUCCCACUGGUCCAAGGGGGAAACCAGGCCCACCUGGUCCAGUUGGUGAUAUUGGGGUACAAGGAGCACCUGGCCCACCAGGACCAGAGGGUUUUCCAGGGGACAUAGGAAUACCAGGCCCAAAUGGACCACCUGGACCAAAGGGUUUACAAGGUUCCAGAGGCCCACAGGGGCCACCAGGACCAAAAGGAAGUGAGGGUGAUGAAGGACCACUUGGCCCACCUGGCAAUGCUGGCCGUACUGGUAACCCUGGGAGAAAGGGGCACAUUGGGGAGCCUGGUCUGGACGGUCCGAUGGGAGAAAAAGGAGACCUGGGAAAUGUUGGAAAAGUUGGUCCACAAGGUCCUGCUGGCCUGAUCGGGAUAACUGGUGUAGAGGGAGUUUCUGGUGAAAAGGGUGACCGAGGACCACCAGGGCCAACCGGACCAGUUGGGGAGAAGGGCCCAAGAGGUUAUCCAGGGUUACCUGGAGGUCCUGGAGACUUUGGCUUACAAGGUGCACCGGGUCCUCCAGGACAAAGGGGUGAUCCCGGCAUCUCUGGGCCAAAAGGAAGAAGGGGCCCACAAGGUCUAGAUGGUCCACUAGGAGAACCUGGCCCAGAAGGCACCAGGGGAGAAAAGGGUGAUAUCGGAAAAAAGGGCGAGCCGGGAUUCAUUGGCAAAGCUGGUGCACCUGGUGAAAGGGGCCCUCCUGGAAAACUUGGGAAACCAGGCCUUCCAGGAAGCCCUGGAGAAAAGGGCCCUUUUGGUGAACCAGGACCUAAAGGACCGCCUGGGGAGCCUGGGCCUGAGGGAGAACAAGGACUUGAAGGGGCACCCGGAGCAGAGGGGGGGCCUGGUGCCAUUGGAGAGUCAGGUUCAAAGGGGGAUGCAGGGCCUCUGGGAUCUGAGGGAGAGCAGGGACAAGAAGGAAUCAGAGGGCCUCCUGGACCUCCUGGUGAAGAUGGACCUCAAGGGAAAGAUGGACCAAAAGGUGAACCUGGUGACAGUGGCCCAGUGGGUGAACCUGGAGAGAAAGGAGAAGAGGGAGACGCUGGCCCCCCAGGACCACCUGGGGAAAAUGGAAAACAAGGCUUUCGUGGUCCAGAAGGGAAACUUGGAUCCCCAGGAAAUAGAGGACGUCCGGGCAAAAAGGGAGAGAGGGGGCCCCCUGGAGUUGCAGGAGAAAUGGGUGAAAGAGGAGAAUUGGGCCAACCAGGCGAAUCUGGGCUGAAAGGCGCCAGAGGAACGCGGGGCACGCCUGGUCCUCCCGGUGUCAUGGGCUUGGAAGGUCAACCUGGAAUUUCAGGAUACACUGGACCUGAUGGAAAGCCGGGAUCCAUUGGACCACCAGGGCCUAAAGGUGAAAAGGGAUACCCAGGAGAAGACAAUAAAACCCCCGGACCACCAGGAACCAUAGGUGAACCAGGGCUUCCUGGAGAACGUGGAGAACGUGGAGAGCCAGGAGAUGAAGGAUAUCAGGGCCAUGUUGGUGUAGUUGGACCUCGUGGAGCUGUUGGGCCCCCUGGAUUACCAGGAUCACCUGGUCUGCCGGGAGAACCAGGUCCAAAAGGAGAGAUUGGAAUUCCUGGCCCUGCAGGAAAGAAAGGAGCAAGAGGCCUGACAGGGGCACCUGGUGCUGAAGGGCUGACAGGUUUGCCUGGACUCAGUGGAGUAAAAGGCUACCCCGGCCCAGACGGACCCCCAGGACUGAUUGGCCCUGAGGGAGCACCAGGGAACUCAGGAAGACAGGGUCAGAGGGGUUUAGUUGGACCUGAGGGACCACCAGGACGUCCUGGUCUGAGAGGAGAAGUUGGGCUUCCUGGUCUUCCAGGAGAAAGAGGCCCGGACGGCUUAAAGGGAGAUCUGGGCCUUCCAGGAGACAGAGGGAUCGCAGGUAUGAAAGGUCUGGAGGGUGCAGCUGGUGACCAGGGCAAGAAAGGAGAGCCUGGACCUAAAGGACUACCAGGGGAAUCUGGAGAUGUGGGCAUGGUUGGUUUACAAGGCUUUCCUGGACCAAAGGGACCAACUGGUGAUUUUGGACUGAAAGGUGUUCCUGGUCCUAAAGGCCCAGUGGGUAUGUGGGGAUUCUCUGGACCAGUGGGCCCUGAAGGAAUGAUCGGCCCAAUGGGAAAACCAGGGCCAAGAGGUCCAAAAGGAAGCGAUGGGGAAAUGGGACCUCAAGGGCCCAAAGGCAGUCCAGGACCCAGAGGACCCCCGGGUGCACCAGGUCCAUCUAGGCAGAUAUUUGAUGACUCAGCAGUCUAUGAACUAUUGGACACUUCUUACGGGACAGAGACUUUUCAAAACACUGAAAUGAGUCUGGUUGACCAAAACUCAGAAAUUCUCAAGACCUUACAGUAUCUUACCAGUGUAAUUGAGAGCAUCAAAAAGCCUCUUGGAACACGGGAGAACCCAGCCCGCAUCUGUAAAGACCUGCUGGACUGUCAACACAAACUCAAAGAUGGUUGGUUUUGGGUAGACCCUAAUUUAGGCUGUACCACAGAUGCUUUCAAGGUCUUCUGUAACUUUACUGCAGGCGGGCAAACCUGUUUAAAUCCCCUGGACCCAAAAAAGAUGUCGUUUGGCGUUGGGGAUGUCCAAAUGAAAUUUCUCCAUCUACUGAGCACUGAAGCCAGCCACAGCGUCACGCUUCGCUGUCUGAAAAAUCCUCAUUAUGGCACAACACUUGACUCCAAUGGCUUUGUACCCAACAGUUUGACAAGGGUUACGUUUCGUGGAUGGAACAAACAACUUUUCAAAAAAGACACACUACUAGAACCACAAAUUAUUUCAGAUGAACUAGAGAUUCUACAUGGCCGCUGGCACCAGACUCAAUUCCUCUUCAGUACUCAGGACAGUCGUCAGCUGCCAAUAGUAGACAUUCUGGAUUUUUCCACAUCCAACACAAACAGUCAGCAAGAAAUUGAAAAUGGUCCAGUUUGCUUUCUGUAAGCAGGUCUUUGUACUUGGAUUCUAAAGGCAAAUGGAAAAAUCAAGUAGCAGUAUGAUGUUUUUUGUUUGGUUGUAAAGAAGUGAAAUGGCUGCAAGAAAAUUCACAUGAAGACACACAACCAUGCAGGAACUUCAUCUCAUCUGGUGGGUCGCCCUUUGGUCAAAGGAAUAUACAAUACAAUACCAUUAACAGGUGGGAGUUAGAAAAGUGUUAUGGACCCUUUGUCACCACUGACCACAGAACAGGGCAUUCACUCUUCACUUCUUAUCCUGCUUGGGUAAACCAACCGAAGGAGAACGCCGACCUAUGAAAUAAGAGCACUGUCAAAGUCAAAGUGCAAUAAUACCAUGUGUAUAAUGAGGGACUGACUUGGUCCAGUUUCUCAUUAAAGGUGAUUCUCAGCACCUAAACACAUGAACAUCUGUUUGUGCUCUACAGUUUCUGCAGAACUAAAUGGUUGAUCCCCAGCAUUUUGAAUGCUCUGGUGUUCAACUCCCAGCUCCUUUAUUUAACACUUAAACCGUUUGGACGUGUUCGUCUUGACUGAUGGUGCUCUACCUCUACCUGCUCAUUAGACUGUAGUGUAGUUGAUAAUGUGUUUGUACCAGUUACAUUGAGUGUUACAUUGUAUGAGUACUUAAUUUUGUUUAUUUCUAAUUUAUGAACCAUUUUUGAUACACUUCAUAUUUUUAUAGUGUUUAUUACAUUGUGGUAGAAUCUUCAGGGCAAUCCUACCAUUGGUGCUGCAAAAGGCAAAGAGAAUCUACGACUCCUGUGUAUAUAUGGAUCACUUACUGUACGUUAUUUAUACCUAGUUGGUUGUUUUGUUCACAUUACUGUCCCAUGAUAAUUUAAACUCUCUAAAGAGAAAUCAACAACAAUUCAAAACUAUGAUAUAUUUAUAUGCUAUACCUACUCAUACUAGGUGUGCCUAUGUGUAACAUCUAUUACUGGUAUUUACGUUAAUACGUUAAUUUUAUUUUUUUACCAUUAACUGGCAGCUACAUAUCGCCAGAAACAGACUCCUCCUCUAAAAAACUCACCAUUGUUAUUUUUAGGCUAAUUUAAUAUAUUAUAUUUGCCAAUGUGUAAUUAUAUCAGUCUGGAUCAUAAAGUUGAUGGUGAUGAAUUUGUAAAUAAACAUGCUGACA